UACACUCCAAGUUUCGCCUUUGAUUAUACCUCAUUUUCGUUCUCUCGCUCUCUCUUACCCUUCAUCGCCUGCUUUGCUUAAUCUAAUCCUAUCAAAAAAGCCUUUUUUUUUUUUCUUGUGCUUCUGUCCGAUCUGGGUCUUUCACACUUGGCUUUUUGGAGGUUCAUACGCUUAGGUUAAAUUUUUUGGUGGCUCAGAAUUUCUUCUUCCUCCGCAAACCCAUUUUUUGUUCCCUGGUUUUUUUUUCUGGAAUAGUAUUCAGGCUGAGGCGAUCUGAUUUUUUCUUCUGGGUAAGAAGAGAACAGCAUGCGGUGGUGGUUGAGUCUCUCUGUUGAUGUGUUUCGCAAAGUCAUCUCGUUGAACCUGUAUUGUAGAGUGAUCCUGUAAUUUUCAAUCAUCUUUUUAAGACCUUUUUCUUUUUAAAAAAGAAAUCUUCUCGGCCUUCUUAUUGUGUCAUUUUCCAUGGGUUCCCAAUUUUUCAUUGUUGUGCCCUGCUACGUCCGGCAAAUUAGCUGAAUAUCUGGUCGUAUCGUUCUCUUUUCCUAGUUGUUUGGUUGAAAAUACAAAUUUGUCGUUUGUCAAAUUUCCUCUUUGAGUCGUUCUUUCUGCUGUUUGACGUUAACCCAGUUGGUAAUUGUUUAUCCUGACCAUUACAAAGGGGAUUACAAAUCCCUUUGUUCACGUAUAUUUGGUUUCUCUUUUUUGGUGGUUCUUUCUGAUCUCUGUUGAAUUGAGGGUGCUCUGGUUUUGCCUAGUAUUAAGUGUGAAAGUAUUUUUCUUCUGGAAGACCGUGUUGUCUGCUCAUAUUGAAGGGUUGGGAAGUAGUUAUGGUGUGCCAAGCAGCUAGCCAAACAAGAUUUCGGGCAUUGAAACACGAAAAUGGGAUUGCUGGGAGUGCCACCAUCAUUGUUAGAGUCAUAGCUUGCUUUCAACCUCUACGGGAUUGCCAGGCCGAAUAUUUCCGUCAUUUACUCAAACCUGUUACGUAGAUAUAUUUUCUGCAUUCGUGUGUUAAGUUAAGCUGGAGUUAGUUAUUUUCCUUGUUGAUCAAAGACAGAGAGUAUUCAGCACAUUCUAGUUGUACAUUCAUCUGGUAAUUGUUUCGGUUGGAUGGGUGAAGAUUGUGGAGCCUGGAAUCCUGAGCUGCACAUUGAUUGGGGAUCACCUGGUCUGAACUCCUUGGGUGCACCACUUGCCUUAGGGCAACACAGUUAUAUGAGCCCAGGUGCAAAUAUGGUAUCAACAAAUGGUAAUUUGCCAGCAAACGCAUCUGUUGAGGUUCCUCAAUUGCAGGCUGGCCAAGCAACUGAACCUCGAGGCUGGUUUUAUUGCUUACCCCACCAUCGACAGGCUGUCACGCCUACUCCAAACUUGAUUCCGAAGGAGAAAUUUUCUGCUUCCCCAAAUGAAGGUUGUAGGGAGAGCACGAAGCCAAAGGUGGAGCCUUGGUGUGCUCAAAAGAGAUUUCUUGUCAUUGAUCAUUCUGGGGAUCAGACAACUUUGAUCUUUAGUUCUGGGAUUGGGACUCCCAUUCAGUGCCUUACAUCUUGGGAUCCCAAUGCACGCGGUGCUUAUAAUUUGAACGGGGAAGAAGAAGGGACCAAGAAAGAUUUGAAAAUUUUCUCAGAACCAGUGUUGACUGAUGAAUUUAAUGAAAAUAAUGAAAUAGGCGUGCAAAGUGAAAUGCAUGAAGACACAGAAGAGCUUAAUGCCUUGCUCUACUCGGAUGAUGAUAGUGAUUCUGCCGAGGAUGAUGAAGUGACUAGUACAGGUCAUUCACCCAGUACAAUGACAGAUUUUGAUAGGCAAAAUUGGUUUUGUGGAAGCACAGAAGAAGUUGCUAGUUCUGCUGGUACCACUAAAAAGCGGAAGUUAUUUGGAGCUUGUGACGAUAAGCUGUUGACAUUGGACACUGCAACCUCUGUGAAACCCAACAUAUCCUCAGAGUUAGAGGAUGAUGCACGAUCUAGCCGUGCCAACAUCAGAAGUCCCGAGUUUAGAGAAUUGGAUUCCUUCUCAAGUGGCAAGAGGAUGAAAAGGGAGAAAAUCCGCGAAACCAUUAGCAUUCUGCAGAAUAUAAUACCUGGCGGCAAAGGCAAGAAUCCAAUUGUGGUACUUGAUGAAGCUAUCCAAUACUUGAAAUCAUUGAAGUCUAAAGCCGAAACCAUCGGAUUGGAUGCAAUUUAAGUUUGGUUAUGUUUAUGUUUAUUAGUAUUUUUAGUAAUAUUUGGAUGUUAUCGGUUGUCUAUUAGUAGGUCCUUUUAACUUAGUACCGAAUAAGUUGGAUACACAUGGACUCGUUGUUGUGGAUAUGGAGAGGACAUGGGUUUCCAGCAGAGAUGGAAAACUGCACCUUAACUGGACCAGAACCUAGAUCCCCAAGCUAGAGAGAUCUUCUUCAAUGAUUGGAUGUGGGAACCAGCUGCUUCGAGGUCGGUAUAUUUCUAUGUUGGCUUCUAGGUUAAAAGAGAAAAACGCCGUGUAUUAUGCACCAAUAAAAAAGUGUAGUUUGAAUCAUUAGUCUUGUAUGUCUUCAGGGUUAGAGAAAGUAACACCCACACCUAGGUGGGCGUGGAGGUUGUGUAGCUCUGUGGUUAAGAAAAAACACUGUUAGUUUAUUCUAGAUGUGGGGGGUCCCCCCAUCAAGGUAAGGAAUGAAGAAUGCACGCCCCCUUUGGCUGUUCUGGGACC